AUGAAAUACGUCCAGCUCGGCUCCAGCGGUCUUCGGAUCGCACCUAUCGGUGUCGGUUGCAUGACCUAUGGUCCGCCAGGCUCGCAAAUCGACUGGUCUCUCCCUGAAGAAGAAGCCCUCCCGAUCUUGAAUCACUGCUACGAAGCCGGAUUGAACUUCUUCGACACGGCGAACGCCUACUCGUACGGCGGAUCGGAACAGAUCCUAGGCAAGGCGAUCCGGGAGUACGGGUGGCAGCGUGAGCGGAUCGUCGUCGCGACGAAGGUAUGCCUGCCGGUCGGGCGGGACGGGGACAAGCCGGUGCGGUGGAGCACGGAGGCGCGAGACAACGGUGGGUAUGUGAACCAGUAUGGGCUGAGCCGGAAGCACAUCUUUGACAGCGUGGCGGCGAGUCUGCGGCGGCUGGGGCUGGAGUAUGUGGACGUGCUCCAGAUUCAUCGAUUUGACCGGACGACCCCGGUGCGGGAGACCAUGGAGGCGCUGCACGACGUGGUCAAGGCCGGCUGGGUGCGGUAUAUCGGGGCGUCGUCGAUGUGGGCGCACCAGCUCCUUGAGAUGCAGUACACGGCGCGGGCGGCCGGGUGGACGGAGUUCAUCAGUAUGCAGAACCUGUACGCGGCAACGUACCGGGAGGAAGAGCGAGAGAUGAUCCCGGCGUGUGUGAAGCUGGGCAUGGGUGGGCUUCCGUGGAGUUCGUUGAUGGCGGGGUUUCUGGCGCGGCCGUGGCGAGCGUAUGGCGCGACGACGCGGGGUGGAACGCAAGAGACUGGGUUUCUAGGGCAUGCGUUUACCGACGCAGACCGGGCGAUCAACGAGCAGAUCGAGGCGAUUGCAACGAGGCGCGGGGUUAGCAUGGCUGUGGUUGCCAUUGCGUGGUGCUUGUCCAAGCCGUUUGUGGUGGCGCCGAUUCUAGGGCUCAGCACGAAAGAGCGCGUUGAUGAGGCUAUCCAGGCGAUUGAUUUUGAGCUCAGUGAGGCAGAGAUCCAGGCUAUCGAGGAGUUGUAUCAACCCCGAGCCGUGAUCGGCCAUUAA